GCGGCGCUCUGGCGCGGGCGGCUCUAUGGUGGCGGCCGUUGGCGCGACGGCGCUUCCGGCGGGCGCGGGGGCCUGUGGGGGAUCGCCGCGCGCCACUUCUGCCUGGCAGUGCUGAGGGAGCGGAGCCGCCAUGUCUCACACAAUUCUACUUGUCCAGCCUACCAAGAGGCCAGAAGGCAGAACAUACGCUGAUUAUGAAUCAGUGAAUGAGUGCAUGGAAGGAGUCUGUAAAAUGUAUGAAGAGCAUCUGAAGAGAAUGAAUCCCAACAGUCCAUCCAUUACAUACGAUAUCAGCCAAUUGUUUGACUUCAUUGAUGACUUGGCAGACCUCAGCUGUCUUGUUUACCGUGCUGACACUCAGACAUACCAACCGUACAAUAAAGACUGGAUAAAGGAGAAGAUCUACGUCCUCCUUCGCAGGCAGGCCCAGCAAGCAAGCAAAUGAUGGGGGCACCAUCAUCACGUGGGUUUGGGGGAGGGCUUGGACAACAGGUGUGUACAGAGUGUAGUAGUGAACGUUUUGUAUUAUAGUCAUCCUGUUGCCAUCUUGAUAAACUCUUUAGUCAGGACUGAAUGUAUUGUUAGAGAUACAAGGAUUUUGUUGGAUUUGUCUCUUUUUUUCAGUGUAAAUGGAGAAGAAAGUACAACAUCUUCUGCGGAGAUUUAAUUUGGGUUUUUUCCUCCAGUUAGCUAAUAGUCCUACUUUAUUUGAACCCUUGGGGCUGUUCACAUUGUACUUCACCACAUUUGCUGUAUGUGCCCUUCUGUGGGCUUUCCAACAUUCGGUUACAUCCUUGAGAUGGUCCUAAUGGGAAAUAAAACUACCCUUUGGUUAAAUUUGA